AUGAGGCAGGAGAUGGCACAGCAGGGUCAGCAGCACGGUAUCCCUGGAAGCCCUGGCUCCCCUGGCAGAGAUGGUCCUCCUGGAACGAGGGGUCAGCCAGGUAACAGCGGACCUCAGGGAAGACAAGGACCUCCUGGACCUAUUGGAGUCCCGGGAGCUCCUGGAGCUCCAGGACCAAAAGGACCAGCAGGGCCUACAGGCGAACAAGGAGUUCCUGGUCUUGUUGGUACCAAAGGCGAUAAAGGAGAACGAGGUGAUGUUCAGUCCCAAGCAGCCGUGAGAGCGAUUGCACGACAAGUUUGUGAACAAAUCAUCCAAAGCCAUCUGUCUCGCUAUAACUCCAUCUUGAACCAGAUCCCCCAACAGUCAUCAGUAUCAGUCCGAACCGUUCCUGGCCCACCGGGGGAGCCAGGAAGGAGAGGUCCUCCUGGUCCUCAGGGAGAGCAAGGUCCACCUGGAAGGCCCGGUUUUCCCGGUACUAAUGGCCAGAAUGGCCAACCUGGUCAGAGAGGAUUGCCAGGAGAAAAGGGAGAGAGGGGGAAUCCAGGCAUUGGGAGUCAGGGACCUCGAGGACCAUCUGGUCCACCCGGUCUGCCUGGUGAAGGUCGCACAGGCAGCCAGGGCCCACCUGGAAGGCCCGGAAGCCCAGGAGCAGCAGGUAGGCCUGGAAAUCCAGGAGCUACAGGACCAGCUGGACAGCCAGGAUACUGUGACCAGAGCUCAUGUCUGGGAUACAAUGUUGGAGUCCAGCCCCUCCCCCAUGGCGAGGGCAGCUACCAGCCCUACAGUCCCCCCCACAGACAGCCGUAUGACGACGACGACCAAGGAGGAGGCGAGGAAGAGGAGGCCUACUAUGAUGGCUACCACUCCCAGUACUACCCACAGCAGCCCUCUCAGUUUAUCUACAGGCAGAGUGGCUACUACCCAGGAAACUCUGAGGAUGUGGAGCUGAGGUCCCCGGGUGUCGUCAGGUUUUCACAAACCGUGGUCAUGGAGGACAAAGUAAGAGGAAGAGCGGACUCACCAUAAGUGCUUGAGCCCCUAAAGACAAAACCUAGACACCAUGAACUUGUGCACUCAUCUGAAAUUGGGGUGAGGAGCCUCUGCUCUGUAGUGGGAUUCCUCCAAGUAAAAAAAAAAAUGUAAAUAUCUCUGAUACCUGUAUAUGUGUGUAAAAGGGAGGUCCGAAAAGUGCCUGAUCUGUGUCCGCUUCGUCCAGUGAUACUACAAACCUUUAAAGCUGUGUUUUUCCAUCUUACAGCUCAGUGAAGCUGCAUGUCUCCUGUCAGCCGACCACCGAGUGUGUAACUGGACACAUGCGUCUCGUUUCUGUAGCCUGAAAAUUUCCUUUUUUU